GCUGGCUGUCCUGGCUGCCGAGAUCAACGCCAGCAGCAGUUCAGUGAGCGAGUUGGGCCAGCCGAGGUGGAAAAGCGCCCGGCGAAUCUGCGGAGCAGCCAACGCGUUCACACUGGAUUAACGACUUGCUCACACGUCAAGAGACGAGAUGGGCUGCAUCAAGUCCACACUAAACCGCACGCCGAGUGAGCCCGCCAAGGAGAAGAUCAGUCAGCAGACGAAUAACUGCGUGCUGCCCGGUCAGGUUUUUCAAAGGAGAGAGGAGCAACACAUGACUGGCCAAAUCGUGGUGGGCCUUUACCCAUAUGAAGCCGUUCAUCCUGAUGACCUUGGAUUCAACAAAGGAGAAAAGAUGACAAUUCUUGAGGAACACGGCGAGUGGUGGAGAGCCAAAUCGCUGACAUCCGACAAACACGGCUUCAUUCCGUCCAAUUACGUGGCCCGAGUGGACACCAUGGAAACGGAGCAGUGGUUUUUCAAGGACAUUAGCAGAAAAGAUGCAGAGAGGCAGCUACUGGCGCCGACCAACAAACCCGGGGCUUUUCUGAUUAGGGAAAGUGAAACCUCCAAAGGCAGCUAUUCGUUGUCCAUACGAGACAUUGACGGCCAGGCAACAGAAUCAGUCAAACACUAUAAGAUCAGGAAGCUGGAUGAUGGCGGUUUCUACAUCUCUCCCAAGAUCUCCUUCCCCGACGUCGGCAACAUGAUCAAACACUACCGCCACAAAGCAGAUGGCCUGUGUCGUAAACUGGACCGUCCGUGCGUAAAGCCCCAAGCUCAAAAGCCGUGGGAUAAGGACGCCUGGGAGAUCUCCAAAGACUCCAUUACGAUGGUGAAGAAACUAGGAGCGGGCCAGUUUGGAGAAGUCUGGAUGGCUUACUACAACCACAUAACCAAAGUGGCCGUGAAGACGCUGAAACCGGGCACCAUGACGGUGGACGCCUUCCUGGAAGAAGCAAACAUCAUGAAGACGCUACAGCACGAAAGACUUGUGCGUCUCUACGCUGUGGUGACAAAGACGCAGCCGAUAUACAUCAUCACUGAAUUCAUGGCCAACGGGAGCCUACUGGACUUCCUCAAGAGUGACGCGUGCGGUAAACUGCAACUGCCCAAGCUCAUUGAUUUUGCGGCACAGAUCGCAGAAGGCAUGGCAUACAUCGAGAGGAAGAAAUACAUCCACCGAGACCUGAGAGCAGCAAAUGUUCUUGUGUCUGAGAGCCUGCUCUGUAAAAUUGCCGAUUUUGGACUGGCGAGAGUCAUCAGUGAUGAUGAGUACACUGCCAAAGAGGGAACCAAAUUCCCCAUCAAGUGGACUGCGCCCGAGGCCAUCAACUAUAGUUCCUUCACUAUCAAGUCAGACAUGUGGUCCUUUGGAGUUCUGCUCUACGAGAUUAUUACGCUUGGGAAAAUGCCUUAUCCAGGCAUGACAAAAGCGGAGGUGAUGUCCUCAGUGCAGCGUGGCUACCGGAUGCCCUGCCCCGACAACUGUCCCGCCGAACUGUACAACAUCAUGAUGUCCUGCUGGAAGAGCGCGCCGGAUGACAGGCCCACUUUUGAUUACAUGCAGAGCGUCCUCGAUGACUAUUGCACUUCCACCGAGCAACAGUAUCAGCAACAACCUUAGAGGUUGUCGGAGAAAUUCUUCCUUGCGCAGAGCUGCGGUUUUGACUGCGGUCACUCGAGGCGUUGUAUUUAUGAAAGUUAAUUGUGAAAAUGUCUCCACCACACCACAGGAACAUAAGUAGAAUAAUUGUACUGCUCUGUCAUUUUUUUAUUUUGAUUUUAAUUGACAUUUGCUUCGAGGCUUCGCAUCAUGUUGAAAUGAUAUGAGAGAGAGUUAAAAAAUUCACCAUCUUUAAGAUUUCCGAUGUUAGAGGACAAAUUCAACAUGAACACAAACUGUAUCAAUUGGAAAUUCUCUUUGAAAAUUUAUCAAGUGAAAUAUAAAUGCAUAUUUUAUCGGUACCAUUUAAAUUAAGGCAUACAUAAAAUCUAAAUAGGUGUUCAUCGUCCCAAUUGCAAUUUGUAGUUUUUAUUUUCCUAAACCCGAGUGAAAACAUGAUCAUGUGGUUCCAUAGCAAAUAAGUUUUAACCGAAAUGUCAACCUGCAUAAUGCGUUGACAUUGCAACUGCCUUUUUUUUCCUUUUUCAUAAGGGUGCUUGAUUUGCAUGUUUCAGUGACUGGUCAAGUGUAUAACCUGCUUCAUGUUGAAGUACUUCAGCUUCCUUUUUUAAGCCAUGAGCCUGCAUUGCUGAUAAGUUUAAAUACUAUUACCGGUACUUGAGUGUUAAAUCUCAAUUUAGCCAAAGGAGGACUCAAAACUGUUGAAGGCAUGAAAAGAUUUGUUGAAUGGUGUAGCUUUUGUUUGCUGCGUGAUGAUUUGGAUACUCUGUUAUUUUGUUUUUGCAUUAUGUAUGUUACAAAUACAAUGGUGAUAUGUCGACAAUAUGUAAUUUAUAUAUUCCAU